AUGGUUACGGCGUCUUCGAGCCAUCGGAGCAAGCCUCCCAGGCUGCUAAAAGGCGGCACGGCGACUACAAAGUCCCAUCGAUGGGAACCCUUCUCUCAGCGUGUGCUUAAACUAAAGAUCGACCCUGUCCAUCGAGUGCGCCGAACGAGCUUUGGCGAAGAUGACGCUGACGAGACGUCUUCCUGUUUCAGGGCCUCUCUGGAGCAUUGGAUGGAGCUUAAUCUAUCGGAAAAUUUUACGGAGUUUGUCGGGCGUGUGAACCGGCUAUGCGAAAGCCUUCCACAGAUACUAUACCACCAGGAUGCGAUUAUGGGCUUGCUAGUGGAAUAUAUUGAGAAGAAGGAUGAAUUGAGCAUGGAACCGCUGCUUAGCUUGAUGGCACAGUUUGCGCGGGACCUUGGCCCACGAUUUGAGAAACAUUUUGCGACUGCUGUUCAAUUGGUUGCUUCGGUUGCGGCCACCCACCAGAGCAUCGACGUUAUAGAAUGGAGCUUCACCUGUCUUGCCUGGAUAUUCAAGUUUCUAUCUCGUCUCCUAGUCCCGGACUUACGGCCACUGUUGGCGAUUAUGACGCAGUAUCUAGGAAAGGAACACCAGAAACACUUUGUCUCCCGUUUCGCUGCAGAAUCCGUCUCAUUUCUUAUCCGGAAGACUGCUGCGGUUUACUACAAGGACAAAAAGCCGCUCGAGCGUGCAGUCACCUUUCUCUUCCAGGACCUGGCCAACAUGAGCGCCGAAGGCCGGCAGGUUUCCUCUUAUCAAGAAGGCCUUAUGACCAUGUUUGCAGAUGCGACAAAAGGAAUCAAGGGUGCCGUCCACUCCAACGGCAUAGAUAUACUACGAUGCCUAAUGAAGUCCGUAUGUGUAAAGGAUAAGAAACAGAGUUCAUUAUCAGAGUCGGUUCUCAGCGGCGUUUUGAUCAACAUCGUUCACUAUUGUACUGCCGACACCUUUCGUUCUGUCUUGUAUGCCGUUUGCGAAUUUAAUGAGUCGACUUCAGCAAAAGAAAAUACCGUUGUCGCUCGAGUUGGAUGCCAUGCUUUAUUCCUCUGUAUCGUUACGAGGAAAGGCUCUCGAGUGGCGGACUGGAACCGAGUCCACACUGUCCUUCUACCUCUACUCGCCAAGGCAGCCGAAAAAAGCAAUGGCUUUCCCGCUGAGUCAAUUAAGGAACUUCUCGGUUCCGUUGCCUUUGCAAUUCAGGCCUCCCCGAUGGACGAAUUAUUACCACACAUGCGCCAGAUCAUGGAUGCCGUUACCCACCAGAGACUCUCGAAGUAUUUUAUACCGUUUUGCGACCUGAUUGCUGGUUUGGACGCGGAGAGGUUUCAGAGUGUUGUUCACCCGUAUUUUCAGAAGUUUAUAGUAUCUCUAUGGGAAGAAUACGAGCAAGGCUUAUGUGUGGUACUACCCCGACUUCAGUCAUCCGGCGCUAUUACCUCAAAUUUAUCCAGACCUGGCUCUUUAAGCUGCCCUAAUGCCUGGAAGAUGGUCAUUUGCAAGAGGCUUAACUUCUCAACCCCCAGCAAAGAGGAAAUUUCACUUUUAAAUGCGUACUCUAAGCUCCCAGAAGCUAUCGGCUUUUCAAGCGAACCUUCCAUUAUUCCCGAUAUUACUCGCAGUCUUCAUCAAAAAAUAUGGCGUACGCUAGAAUCUGGUUCACCAAACGACUUUGAAACCCUGUUUACUUUGGGUCAGGGGCUGCUGACCUACGUUCGCUUUUCUAACGGACUUGAUCAGCUAGACCAAAAGCUGUGGCCCCUACUCUGCUCUAAAGCCAGCCAAUACUCCAGGAUUCCUGUCUUUCUAGAAGCUAUAUCGACGUAUGCGUCUGUGCUUCGUGAACCUCCUGAAAUUUCCGAUGCUGACCUCGAUCAAUUUGCGAACGCCCUCCUUGCUAACCUAGCUAGUCCUUCACAUAAGCUAAGAUUACUAUCCUUGGAAAUUUUCCAGCUUAUAUUUUCAUGGCUAAACAUAGAAGACCCCUGCUUAUCACUUGCACGGAGCAUUGAAACCAGUGAACUGACCCUCCAAGCUGCAAGAGUCAUAUCCAUGGAUGUACGGCGCCUUGGUGUUAACUAUGCGCAAACAUCUCAUAAGAGAUGGCUUGAUCGGCUCAUCCCAAGUUUCUGUUUUGGGCUGCUAUGGAAAAAACUUGCGUCUGUCUGGGACGAUGCAUGUGAGGCUAUGAAGGUAAUAUGUGAAACAGAUAUUGGUGAAAGCAUAGUUUCUGAGAUUGCUAUGAACUGGCUGCAAGAGGCACCAGUCGAUGUUACCCCUGAACAACUCUCACAUAAUGGAUUGCAAAAGUCCUCCUCAGCCACCUCCGAAUACGAGUGUUAUAACGUCAACAAUAUACAAACAGCCAUGCAUAACUCAUUCUGCAUAAAUGAGGAUGCUAGUUUAUCGUUGCUGGAGGAUUUCGAAUCUUCCCACUCAAUACUGCCUCUAUUAUCAAACAAUGCAAGGAGUCAGGCACUUAGGGUUUUAAACGCAGUUCCUAAGAUCGCAGAGAAGCGGUCGCGCCUGAUAGUUCCGCUCUUUUUAUCAUGGGCUUCACGCGACGAUUCUUCAUUACCUCUUCCCGAAGACAUGUCACCGCCAGAGAAUGAUGCGAUUUUUAGUGAACUUCAAAACUGGAGUAUGCAAGACAAAAAGGCAAUGCUCACCUUGUUUGGAAAAUUCACCAACCCCAAGGUGCUUUACCAAGCUUCAGAAGCACAUGAUGCAGUAUCAGGGCUGCUAUGUAACGGUGAUUUAGAGAUACAAAAACUUGCUCUCAAAGCUCUCUUUACAUGGAAGUCACCUGCCAUCCGGCCUUACGAACAGAAUCUUCUUAACUUGGUUGAUGAUUCCCGAUUUAAGGACGAGUUGGGCAUCUUCGUACAUGUAGGCAAGGACAACAGUUUAAUCAAAAGUGAUCAUAUAGAGGGAUUAUUCCCCUACCUUUUGAAACUCCUUUACGGCAAGAUGGUUGCGCGAGCAGGUUCUCGAGGGUCACUUGGUCGACAAGAGGGACGAAGGAAAGCAAUUCUACGGGUUGUCUCCCAGCUCCCUGAUGAUCAAUUCUCUCAGUUUGUUCAGAUAUCCUUUGGAUCACUAGGAGGCAUUAAUUUGCUCAACGAAAAUGGUGCGACCAACGAGAAUAUUCUAAAUAGAGAGUUGAUGAGCCUAAGGAAACAACUUGGUUUGUUAAACGUGGUGGAAACUAUGUUUUCCAUCUUGAAGAGGAAUAUGUUGCCGUUCGUUAACGAAACGAUGAAUGUGGUACUAUAUUGCCUUAUCCGAGCGUAUAGACAACUAGCUCAGGGUGAAGCAGUUACGUCGGAUGAUAGUGUCCAACUCACCCUCCUACGCAACAUCCGACAGCUAGGAGUCAAGUGUCUUGACUUGGUUUUUUCCAUAUCCCCAGCAGUGGAUUGGAAAUCAUUUAUCCCUCUUAUACUUUCGGAGGUCGUUAACCCAAGAUUAGACAAUUUUUCCGUAGAGACAGCCCAGGCAGUCUCUGGAUUGCUUCAUCUCUUCCGAACUUGGGCUACAUCCCCAAAAUCAGCAGUAUAUUUCGAGGGUACUGAUAUUAUUCCUCGGGUUGUUGACUGCUUAGGCACCGAAUCCGCACGAGACGAGGUGAAAAUAUUUGUCUUAGAUGAAGUUCUAAUAUCGCUGGUUAAUGUAUCUACUGAUACAAAAGUGGACGGUGAAGGUGAUGUUGACAUAUCAGCGCCGCCACCAGAUAUCAUCCAUAGCAGGGUCCUGGGGCCUCACAUUGAGUAUAUAUUGAUGCAGGUUGAGGAAUUCCUCAGAAAACAGCCACCCCGCUAUAUUCUAGGCCCUGCGGUUGAAUUUCUAUCAAGGCUCUCAGCUCUCGUGGAGUCAUCUACAGAAUCCUCCAAACUUAUCAGUACCACUACAUUCUUGCUCCAACAGCCUCCAGAUCGAGUUCCUCCAAAAACAAAAGGUCGACUUCUCAAGGUCCUACAUCAUUUCUUACCCCUAUUUCAACAGGAAAAUGACCCCGAUCUCACCCAACGUAUAUUUGAGAUUCUCUCAUCUUUGUUCGACUAUUUCAAAGACGGGCCAAAUCGCGUGUCUCUGGCUAGCGUGUUUGACAUAUUUGUUGCCAAUGACCUUGAGUUGGCGGAAGUUGGGAGGCUCAUUGCUGAUCUGAACUCAAUGUCUACGAAAAGGUUAGAUGAAGUCGAUUUCGAACGACGGCUUAAAGCAUUUAGCCUCAUAAAUGAAGAAAAAUAUUCAACGUUUACGGCGAAACAAUGGAGGCCACUUUUGUUCAACAUGAUUUAUCACUUAAAAGAUGAGGAAGAGCUUGCUAUACGUUCCAGUGCCUCCUUUGGUGUCAAACGGUUCAUUCAAAUCUCUAAAGCUCAAGAAGAUAUCCCAGGUACUGAAUACCGGGAUAUGGUCGAAAAAGUGCUUCUUCCCGCACUCCGCAGUGGAGUUAAGCAAAAUGCAGAGACUGUUCGUGCAGAAUUUGUAUCUCUCCUUGGCUAUUUAGUUCAAGAGCACGUUGAUCUUCAGGCUGUUAGUGAUAUGCAAGGCUUGUUAGCUGGAGGAGAUGAAGAAGCAUCAUUCUUUAAUAACAUUCUUCAUAUCCAACAACACCGGCGUCAGCGUGCAUUGAAAAGACUCACUGCUGAGGUUUCCAAGGGCAAGAUUCAGGCUACCAACGUUAGUACCAUCUUGUUUCCUCUUAUUGAGCACUUCGUUUUCCAACAGUCGGAAGAUGAAAAUGCUCAUAACUUAACUGCUGGAGCUAUUAAUACUGUUGGCUCCCUGAGCGAAGCCAUCACAUGGAACCAAUUCAAAGCUAUAUUUCGUCGAUACCAGGGAUACGUUAAAAGCAAGUCGGGCUUAGAAAAGAGCGUUAUCCGGCUUCUUAGCCAGAUGACAGAUGCCCUUUCACAUGCCGUUCGAGUAAAAGUUACUCGAGGGGUUACUGAAGAGGUAUCUGAAAAAGUGGCGGAGAAUAUAGCCCUAGAUGACGACCAAAUUGUCCAAAGCACGCUUAGCACUUCCAUUCCCAGGGGUGCCAAACUAACUACUGAGCUCAAGACGAACUUAAUACCGUUCCUAACUGGAUUCACGAAUAAAAGAAGCGAGUCCGACGUCGCUCUAAGGCUUCCUGUGGCAGUGGCUGCCGUCAAGCUACUCAAACUACUACCUGAAAAUGAGAUGGCUCUGAUGCUACCUCCGCUUCUACUGGACGUGUCAAACAUCUUGCGUAGCCGUGCACAAGAUACCAGGGAUAUCGCAAGAAAGACACUUGCCGAUAUUGCUAUCAUCCUCGGACCGUCAUACUUUGGAUACAUCCUUGCAGAGCUGAAGGGUGCUUUGAGUAGAGGGUAUCAGCUUCACGUACUCUCGUUCACUGUUCACUCAAUUCUUGUCGCAACCGCUGAUAAGUUCGAGGUUGGUGCGCUGGAUCAAGACCUCAGCACUCUUGGGGAAAUAAUUAUGGACGACAUUUUCGGCACUGUUGGCCAGCAGAAAGAUGCUGAAGAAUAUGUCAGCAAAAUGAAGGAGGUAAAGAGCAGCAAAAGCUAUGACUCGGCAGAAUUGUUGGCCAAAAAUGCCAGCAUUAGGCACAUCUAUGACCUUGUCCGCCCUGUUCAAUUACUCCUCCAGGAGAAACUCACAACAAGCCUGGUGGGUAAGAUAGAUGAGCUACUACGGCGUAUCGGUAUUGGCUUGUUACGAAAUCCUGGGGCGGAAAGCCGCGACCUCUUGAUGUUUUGCUAUGAGGUCAUGAAAGAGUCGUAUAAAGUCCCUGAGCCGGUAGUGUUAGACAACGACGAAUGGAAAACGAGAAGUCGAUUCCUCAUUCAAGUUGCCUCCAUUCAGAAGAAGAGCGGCGGAAGUACUACAUCAUAUCUUUAUAAACUCGCUCGCUUUAGCUUGGACGCCCUUCGCUCGGUGCUCAAUAAAUAUAGCUCGCUGUUGACUGUUGAUAAUGUUGCUGGAUUCGUCCCUAUUAUCGGUGACUCUAUUGUCCAGGGAUAUGAAGAAGUCAAACUAUCAGCUAUUCGUCUCUUGUCCACCAUUAUCAAGCUUCCCCUACCCGAGCUUGACAAAAACGCCGACGUUUAUAUUGUCGAAUGCGUCAAGCUAAUGAAGGAAUCAGCGAGCUCAAACACCGACGCCUCACAAGCAGCUCUCAAACUUGUAUCCACAGUGCUACGAGAACGAAAACGCACUACUAUCAAGGAUUCGUAUCUUGCAUAUCUUCUGCAACGCGUGUCCGCAGAUAUCGACGAGCCUGAUCGCCAGGGGAUUGUGUUCAAUUUUAUUAGAGCUGUAAUGUCACGCAAGUUUAUGGUCCCGGAAAUAUAUGAAGUGGUUGACAAGAUCUCUGUGAUGAUGGUAACCAACCAUACUCGAAAUGCUCGUGAUCUCGCAAGGGGUACAUAUGUACAAUUCUUGCUUGAAUACCCCCAAUCCAAGAGCAGAUGGAAUAAGCAGCUGGCCUAUCUUGCUAAGAACUUGGACUAUGCCCAUAGAGAAGGUAGAGAGUCAGUCAUGGAAGCCAUCCAUCUAAUCUUAUCGAAAACAAACGGAGAGCCAGCUCAGGAAAUGGUUGAUACUUUCUUCAUUCCUAUGGUGAUGGUCAUGUCCAAUGAUGAGGCCGCAAGCUGCAGAGAGAUGGCUGGUUCUCUACUGGGUAUUAUCUUUGCUCGUGCUGAUGCUGAGCAUCUAAAGACAAUACUCGCACCACUUAAGUCCUGGCUUGAACAGUCAGAGAAUGUUGCUCUUGUGACCACUGGGCUGCAAGCAAUUAGAAUAUUCUUUGAGUCUGAUGCCAAAAAUAAAGACCGAUACGUCAGGUUCGUCACCGAUAUUUUGCCAGGUAUCAUGGGCCUUUCUUUGGACAAUAGAGAAGCAAACGAGUGGGAGGUCCUAUACUACUCUCUGCAACUCUUCAUGAAGUUAUCGAAGCUAUUCCCAGAUAUUACGUUAAUCUCAUCUUGUACCAACAUCUGGCUCAGCGUCCUUGAAAGUCUAUGCUACCCUCAAGCUUGGAUACGAUCGUGUGCAGCGAACCUAGUCGGUGUCUGGCUGGCUGAUAUAGCCAAAACUAAUGCAUCAACCGGCUAUGCGUCAAUUCCUCUAGUUAGCUCCCUAGGGCUGGUUCUAGAUGGCAAGUUAAUGCUUCGAAUAACCCGUUCAAGCAUAUUUUGUCUGAAGACACCCAGUAUAUCAGAGGACCUGGCGACUCAAACUGUUCGAAAUCUGAUAUUCCUUGGGCGCUGCUUUGGCCAGAAUAACCUUGAACUUCCAAAGAAAGAGGGGGACAAUGAUGGAGAGAGCGAAGAUGAAGAGGAGGGGACGACAUCCAGUCCCAAGCGUGGCAGCGAGACAAAAACUGCAAUUCAAUAUAUCUUUGAGCAAGCAGCUCGAAUCAUUCGAAAAGAAGCCCUCACGACGCGAGCCGAAUCACUCAAUGCCAAAGUAGCCUGCAUGAAGAUGAUUGCUGCACUAUGCAGUCAUCUUGACGCCCCGACGGUGAUACCAUACCUGCAGACCAUCUUUCUACCCCUUUUGCAUUUGACGGACCCUUCAAUCCCGGCACCGCGGUCGUCAGAUGAGGCCUUCCAGAGCACCUACAUGUCUUUGGUGACCAGCAGCCAGGAGAUAUUGGAUUUGCUACAGAAGAAACUUGGAACUACCGAUUUUGUAGCACAAAUGAGCGAGGCUCGUGAGCGGGUGAAGGAGAGAAGAGAAGGGCGAAGAGUGAAACGAAGAAUCGAAGCGGUCACUGCACCUGAGAAGUUUGGUCGUGAUAAGAAACGCAAGCAUGAUCGAAAGAGAGAGAAGAGAAAAGAGAGAGGAUUGGAAAAUAGAAAUCGACGGCAUGAGCUCUAG